CUGUCGCGCGCGUCGAUCAGAUCGCGUCGAACUGGCAAGUAAUUCACACGUCUUUUGCAUAUCGGUGAACGUUUUGACUACUGCUAGUGCAGGAAAGUGAACAAUUGAGAGGAAAACGAAAAGUAUUGAAUCAAUUUGUACAGUGAAGUGAACAGUGAACACUGUUUGGCCUGAAAGUUGAAAGGUAGAAACAAACCCACAGACUAUACAGUUACCGAAUGCGAUUAUUCGAAAAAGCUAAAACAACCAUGGACACUCUGCAACGGCGGAACAGUUUGAACAUAUCCUUCGGAAAGUGGUGGGCCGGUGGGUCUAGCAGUACCGGUAAAAGCUCGUCCUUCGGCAGUACGGUGGCAAUUCAGAAGUUACGCGAAUCGAAAUGGUUCGAUCCGGGCGAGGAGCGCAUCUUCUGUGCAGUGAUUGAGGCCGGUUUCGUCGUUGAGCUGCGGCACCCCGAAACCGGUGAGAGCUGGUUUGGUGUAACGGCUAUCGAGACGAAGAAAUUGACCAAACCCACUGCCGAUUGCAUCAAAAUCUACUCUGUCAAACUGUCUGACAGCCACAAACGGUUGAAAAUCUACAAUACCUCACUAGAUCAGUUAUGGAAACAAGGUUACCGAAUCCGAAUCAACAAUUUAUGUGACAAAAGUAAGAAACCUCACAACGAAAAAGACAUUCUGGCACAGAUCAAAUAUGCAAAUAAAACAAAAAUGCCCUUCCAUAACAGCCAGCAUUUUGCCGAGUUCUGCCGGUACGGUGACCGACCGCAGGACAACCGGAAGCGACAAGUAAGUGUUUUCAUGCGACGGUUCGAAGAUGCGCUGAGCGGGACGCAGACUUACUUUUGAGAGAUAUCGGAAUGUGCCAAAUGGGGAGGUACCAACAUGGGCGCCACCAUCAUUUACUUCGCAAUGCAAUCACGAAACAUGCAACCCAAUGCGAGAUAAACAGCUUGUGAGCGUCUUAUCUGGUAUACAUCUCUUAAACCAGGCAAUGAAUUGAGUUGGAGCCUUACUGCAGUUUUAAAGAAUUGGUCAACCAUUUUAGCAGAAUCUGCACCAACGUCUCUUCAAGCUGCCCAUCAUGAAAUGAUUAUUUUACCAAGCAUGCAUAAGGACGUGAACAGCGUUAUUUACUAGUCUUCAUCCGGGCCUGUAAGUGUGCGUGAAGAUGUACUUUUGUUUCAAAACUGAUAUGAAACUAAUAUUUAGAAACUCAUAAUGAGCGUGUUUAAAACUUAAACAAUAUUACUGUAAGUAAUAUACAUAUUUUUAGGCAUAUCUAAAUAACUCAAGUUAUGAAAAUUUAUUGGGAAAAAUGUCGAUAACUGUAAUAUAUGAAAAUGUUUCGCUUGAACUGUUGAACAAUUUUUAAAUGUUUAAAAUGAACUCAAAAAUUGAAAAGUGAUGUAUACACUUUUUUUCAUAGUUAUAAUUAACAAGUAAGAAUGUAAAAGCU